GACAGGAAUAUUUCCAGAUGAUUGGAAAUUUGCCAAAGUGACUCCAAUAUAUAAGUCAGAAAACAAAACCUUAUGUGAAAACUAUAGACCGAUAUCAGUCAUUUCGAAUAUCGCCAAAAUAUUUGAGAAAUUAGUCUGUAGACAACUAAAUACCUUCCUGGAUAACAACAACAUAAUUGUAAAAAAUCAAUCAGGUUUCCGUCACAAUCACUCAACCGAAACCUCGUUACUACAAUCUACUGAAAUGUGGUUGAAAUCAAUGGACCAGGGUCAAAUAAAUGGGGUUAUCUUCUUAGACCUGAAAAAAGCAUUUGAUACGAUUGAUCACCAGAUUCUAUUGUCAAAACUACAAGCUUAUGGGAUACGCGACCACAUGCUCAAAUGGUUCCAAUCGUAUUUAGAUCAAAGAAAGCAAAUUUGCAUGCUAAAUAACUGUAAAUCUGAUAUUGAAACAAUUCGUUGUGGAGUACCUCAGGGUUCAAAUCUUGGACCUCUAUUAUUUCUCAUUUACAUAAACGACCUCCCAAACUGCCUAGAAACAACACACUCUAAUUUAUUUGCUGAUGACACAAUUUUAUCAUGUCAAGGGCAUUUAUCCAUAGAUAUUGAAUACAAACUUAACAAAGACCUAGUAAAUGCUCAAAAAUGGUUAUCAGCGAAUAAACUAACAUUAAGCAACGAAAAAACCAGAUAUAUGAUUAUUGGAUCUCGGCAACGAUUAAAAAACUUAGAUCAUGUGCCAAAAAUCAGUAUAAACGGACAUCAAAUUGAACGAGUUUAUAAAAAGGAAGCUUUGG